AUUGGACAAAGAUUUUUUAGAAGAAAAUUGAGAGAAUUCCGAAGAACUCUACGUGAGUUCUUUGAAAAACUUACAAUCUUGAAGCGGAAAUGGUUUUUUUUUUUCGACGAAGGCUUAGGAUUUUUAAUAUUUGUCUAAAUCUUUAUACAUACACGAGAAAAAGAAACGAGAGGAAAAACCGAAAAGAAAUUGUUAGCGAAUUGACCUCGCUUGUGGAUGAAGUCAAUUUGGUAAAUUCACAGUGGCUGACAUAGCGCAGAACAUAAGACCAAUAGUCAUUUGAAUGUGAAAGUCGGAGGGCAUUCGUCCAAAUUUCUCAAAAAGAUCCCUUGAAUGGUACAAAUGGUCUAAAAUUGACGUACCGGUGAAGCGAUGGCCAUCGUAGACGGAGGCACUCGAACAGAGUCUGCAAAUUCGAUUAUGGGAAGAGAAAAGCCGAAGAUGGUCGUGAUUAUGGGGCCGACUGGUUCUGGGAAGUCACGUCUCGCUAUCGAUUUGGCUUCUUACUUCCCCGUCGAGAUCAUCAACGCUGACUCUAUGCAGGUUUAUCGAGGAUUGGACGUUCUCACAAACAAAGUUCCCCCUGAAGAUCAAAAUGGAGUACCGCAUCAUCUUUUAGGUACUGUGAGUCCAGACGUUGAAUUCACGGCUAAAGACUUCCGAAAUUCUGCUGUUCAUGUUAUUGAUGGCAUAAUUUCUCGUGGAUGCUUGCCAAUGAUAGUGGGCGGAACAAAUUAUUAUAUACAGGCUCUUGUUAGUCUGUUUCUUCUGGAUGAUUCUGCAGAAAAUGUUGGCGGAGGUUGUUCCAUUUAUCCUGGCGAUGAAGAGCUGGGAGUUGAUUUGGAUGAGGGCAGAGAUGGUUUGAAGUAUGACCAUAACCAUCUUAAAGAGAUUGAUCCAGUUUCGGCUAACAGAAUCCAUCCUAAUAACCACAGAAAAAUAAAUCAAUACCUAAGUUUGUAUUACCGCACUGGUGUUCUUCCCAGCACACUUUUUCAAGGAAAGGCUGCUGAGAAUUGGGGUCAAGCCGAUAGUUUCAGAUAUGAUUGCUGCUUGAUAUGUGUUGAUGCUUCUGUUCCACAACUUGACGAACAUGUUGAUUCUAGAGUUGACAUCAUGAUGGCUGCUGGAUUGCUUGAUGAGGUCUAUGACAUUUACGAUCCAAAUGCAAACUAUACUAGAGGAUUGCGUCAAGCUAUUGGUGUUCGGGAGUUUGAAGAAUUUUUGAGAUAUUAUAUACCUGAAGGUGGAUUCAAAAAAGAAAGUGCUGGGUUUAGUCCAAAAAAUUUAAUGGAGUGCAAUGAGAUUUUGAAAGAGAGUAUGAGGUCAAUCCUAAGUUCACCGUGUGAUGGCCAACCCAGUUUGCUACUGAAAGAAGCCGUAGAUAAUGUAAAGUUGAAUACUAGAAGACUGGUUCGUCGUCAGAGGAGGCAGCUAAAGAGACUGGAAACUCUGUUUGGAUGGAAGAUCCACUAUGUUGAUUCCACGGAAUAUAUAACAUGCAAAGUGGAGGAUUCAUGGACUCGACACGUCGUUGAACCAGCAGUUCAAAUAAUUAGAUCUUUUCUUACAGACGGUUUGGUGACCCAGACAAUGAAACCGCAUAGUUCAAAGCUAAUCAAGGACUUGUGGACACAAUAUAUAUGUCAGGCUUGUGGGAAUAAAGUACUAAGAGGAGCACAUGAAUGGGAACAACACAAUCAAGGUCGAACACAUCGAAAACGAAUGUAUCGGCUUAAGAAAAAGUGUGAAGGGCUUUCCUUGCUGCACCAGAAACUACCUCCUCAAGAAUAACUCUUAUGGCUUCCAAAUUUGGUAUUACAAAGUAAUAUUGGCAUUGUUUAUUUUGACCUUUUAUUUACAGGGUAGGUUUACGAGUCUUAAUCAAGGUUUAAGUUUUUGAUUUAGUUUACA